UACUACUGUAGUUCUUCCCACUAGAUCAACCAGGCCACUGCUAUUCGAAAACCCAAUUCUACUAAAUUAAACUACUUUGGUACUUAAGAGAGUCAUUUUAAUUUGUUGGGUUUUUGAGUUUACUGGUAUUGCUGUUAGUAAACGAAAAUGCCAGGGCUGACCCUCGGAGACACCAUUCCAAACCUUGAAGUUGACACCACCCAUGGUAGACUUAGGUUCUAUGACUAUAUCGGAGAUGGCUGGCUCAUUCUCUUCUCCCAUCCUGGGGAUUUCACCCCGGUGUGCACCACGGAGUUGGGUAAGAUGGCCGAAUAUGCUGACAAGUUUGCGGAGAGGGGAGUGAAGCUUUUGGGAUUGUCUUGUGAUGAUCUCCACUCUCACCGUGAAUGGAUUAAGGACAUUGAGGCCUAUAACAAUGGGUACAAGGUUGAAUUCCCAAUAGUAGCAGAUCCAAAGAGAGAGCUGAUACAGCAACUCAACAUGGUUGACCCUGAUGAGAAGGACGCUCAAGGAAACCAAGUCCCCUCUCGUGCUCUUCACAUAGUUGGCCCUGACAAGAAGAUAAAGCUGAGCUUCCUCUACCCGGCGAGCGUUGGGCGUAACAUGGAUGAAGUGGUGAGGGUGUUGGAUGCACUACACAAGUCGGCCAAACACAAGGUGGCCACUCCCGCCAACUGGAAACCUGGUGAUCCGGUGGUGAUAUCUCCCAGUGUCUCCAAUGAGGCGGCCAAACAAAUGUUCCCACAGGGUUACAAGUCUACUCAUCUUCCUUCCAACAAGGACUACCUCCGAUUAACACACGUCUGAAUUUCCACAGACCAUCUUACCUACGCCUCCACUACCACUACCACAACCACUACUUUCUCUCUCUCUCUCUCCACUACCACUACCACUACCACUACCACUACUCUCUCUCUCUCUCUCUAUGCUGAUAAGACUUGCCUAGACGUAUGCAUGUGUAUAUGCAAAUAUACCAGUGCUGCGACCACUACUACUGAAGUUAUCUACAGAGUGUGUUUCUGCUUAUUGGUUAGUCUAUGGUGGCUACGUUAUCCUGGUCUUUGGCUUGUUGGAAGAAGCGGAGUAGUAGAUAGGAACCCUAGUUUCCUCCCUUAUUUGAAUAAAAGUACUUUUGUUAAGGAUUAUGAUGUAAUAUUGAGUUAGACUCCAUUUAAUUUUCAAUGAAAUUGUCUAUUUAACGUUC